AUGACUCAACCACCGUUCUUGCCUUGGGGUAUUCCCUAUCACAGGGAGCCCCCUGUACCGCGCCGGGAGGGCUACGAUCACGGACAUCUACAAGCACACGCGCAAACUCAUACGUCCGUGUACACACAUCGGCACGCGCACGAACACACACAUAUAGACACGCAUCAGACGCAGUGUAAAGGCGAAGACGAUACAACAGAAUAUAGAGACUACAUGCAGAGAUGCAGUAGUUAUGGCAAGUGCUCCGAAGAACAAGAAACAUCCGAGACUAGAGAGGAAGCUGUCACUAGCAGCGCUGAACCCUGGGGAGACAGACUGGUGAGCAGUUCCCAUUGCAGCGUGGGUACGUCCCGUACUGAUGCCGCAUCGCCUCACCAACAUGUAUCCACGACGCAUGCAGGUUCAUCUGGUGGGCGUAGAGGGGCUCUACAAUUAUGGCAGUUCCUCGUGUCGCUACUGGCUGAAGGAGCGCGAUGUGUCGCUUGGACCGGCAGGGGCCUGGAGUUCAAAUUGCAUGAACCAGAAGAGGUUGCAAGACGAUGGGGCGCGCAGAAGAACAGGCCAGCAAUGAACUACGACAAACUCUCCCGUUCACUCCGAUAUUAUUACGAGAAGGGCAUCAUGCAGAAAGUUGCAGGUGAACGCUACGUGUAUAAAUUCGUUUGCGACCCAGAAGCACUAUUCAGUAUGGCUCGCCCCCCAACUUAUGAUGUCAUCUCUCAGCUUUACUACCCCCCCUACAUUCCCGGUAGUGCACCACCAGCCAGCACCAGUAUACCCACCACCAGUGACUACCAACGGCGGUUCUACCCGGACAGUCAUUAUGAUCCGUAA